UGCACGUGCGCUUGCCCGUGAGACGCACUCUGAGAGCCAAUAAGGAGGUAACCGCGGUCACUGUUUCUCAGAGGACCGUCUGGCGUUGAGGGUCAUUAAUUAUAACGGACAGACAGACAGACAGACAGACAGUCAGACAGACAAGCCGGUACCGCAGAGAGCGCAGACAGGCUGCGAGACGUACAAAGACAAACAAGAAAACAAGCCCCCCCCCCCCUCUUUAUCGAGUCCAUCCGCACCGCCCAUGUGUCACCGCAGCACACUCAGGAAUGACUGUUUAUUUGUCAGUAAAUAAAGAAAAGCGAUUAGUGAGGGAGAUAAAUAAUUGAGGGGGAAAUGCGGCUGUCCUAGUGCGCAUCCCCAUGUGGUGAAUAGGGAAAUAGUGCGCCAGUGUCCCGCCUGAGAGGAGGCGCCGAUCAUCCGAGCUCCGGAGUCUCUUCUCCAUUUUUUUUAUUAUUCCGCAACCAAAAUCAUCCUUUCAAACGUGGUGACUCUUUGGCAGCAAAGUCAUUUCCAUUCCACCCAGAUCCUCCCUAUUGCUCGUCGUCUUUUCUUCUCUCAAGGCACCCAGCAGGUGGUUCACAUUCCCACUCCCCUCCCAAGAAGGCCUCCCGGAUCGACUCUCUCGACGGACAGGAACCAGAAUAUUCAUUCUCCUCAAACCGGUCCGUCUAGCAGGCCCUCAAAUACCACCCGUCCCCCCCGCGCGCUUGACUUCGCAUACUUAGACCCGUCUUCUUCAAAUCGACACCCACCCGCCCCCGGACUCGUGGCUUGUAAACCCAAAUCUUCUGCAAGUGGUCUCUGAGAACCUGUCAGGGGGGCGUCCCCAUGGCCUCUCCCAAAUUGGGCUUGUCUGCCACGACCACGUCCUCAUCCACAUCAUCCUCUGCCUCCAUGUGCCCUCCACAACCCGGAAGCCCCAGCCGUGUGCCCGAGGGUCCCCCGAGUCCCGUUACUCCCACACCGAGUCCAGGAGCGGCGUCCGCCUCGGCUGCGCCAACGCGUGCCCAGUUGAGUCUGGCGCUGAUAUUGGAGGAGCUUCGGGUGCUUCAGCAGAGGCAGAUCAACCAGAUGCAAAUAACAGAGGAGAUCUGCAGACAGGUACUCCGUUUGGGCGGGGCGUCUUACUCGAUAGACGCGCCAACUCAACAUCUUCUCCCAUCCUUACCUCAACUGUGUCUGGAAGAUAAAAGGGCCAGCAGCCCAACGACCCAAACCACCGCUACCCAGCCUUCCACAACCGUCGCUCCUCUCCUGGCGUGUUUUUCGACCUUGCUUCCCUCUCAGGUGGCCAACAAAACGUCCAAAUCAAACAAUGCCUUGUCUCAAAUCCUGCAAACAUGCAAGCCCCAGAUGGAAAGCGCGGGCGCCGGUCCGGGGGACAAUAGUUACCUGAGAGCGAGCACGCAAUCUUCGGAGCAAUCCGCAUCUUCGACCGCCGCCAUGACUUCCUCCGCCUAUCCACUCGCUUUAUCCUUGGCUCUACCGAACCGCUAUUUCAACGAGAAAUCCCCAAACGACAUCUCAACGAGUGAGCACUGCGGCAAGUCCUACCUAAAUGCGUCCCUCUCGUCGGUAUCCCCAAAUGCCCAAUAUGCUUUGCAAUCUCUCUCCGGAGCAGCGAAUCCUUCAUCGACCUCUUCCGCUAGCGGCGCGGGCCGGCUCCAGCACGCUUGCCGUUUUUGUGGCAAGAUCUUUAGUGGGGACUCGGCCCUGCAGAUACAUCUGCGUUCGCAUACCGGGGAGCGGCCCUAUCAGUGUCCCGUGUGCCUCAGUCGCUUCACCACCAGGGGAAACCUCAAAGUGCAUUUCUUACGCCACCGCGAGCAAAACCCGGAGCUCUCGCUUUCACUCCUUCCGCCGUCUUUGUUUGGCGUAGCUUUGCGGUCCGCCGACAUGAGUCAGACGAGUAGCGUCGGUUGCGGCAAUGGCGCUUUGAAGAUGUCGGAGAAGAAGCCGAAAAACAGGCCCGACGAGGACGUAUGUGGCAAUGACAUGGAGGUCAGCGGUGCCAAUACCGGGUUCCCAUUAGGGUCAUCGGGGGGGUCCGCCCCUUGCACGCUCCCCCUGCCCCCGAGUGUGGAUCUCGCCUUGAUUUCGCAUUCCUUGCUUCAACUUAAUAGGGCGGCAGCUGUAGCAGCCGCAGUCUCCAUUGCCUCCGGCUCAUCUUACUCAUCCCCUGCCACCUCCUCAGCCCCGUCAUCUUCACUAGCCACCUCCUUACUCUCAAAUCCGACGUCAUCUUCACCGUCCGCCAUUCCAGGCUUGCCCAAGGGUUCAAAGCACUCAAAUAACGCCGAUGAAAACACCCCCCCUCGAGCUCCCAUGCUUUCUCCCGCCACUUACUCCCAACUGGCCCACCUGCCUAAGCUUCUUUUCCCAUCCGGUUCCUCCAGCUCUACCUCAAGUGUCACACACUCCACCCUGCACCCAGCUUUGGGCUUGCUCUGCAACCCGUUACCCUCGAAUCCGGGCUCCCACCAACCGGUUCCUUCCAGUUUUCCGCAAAUCACUUUCCCUUUCGCUCCAUUUCAUAAACCCGCGGCCAGUGGACCGUCCUCCAUAGCUGUCUCGAUCCCGACAUCGGAAACUUCCAAGUUGCAGAGGCUGGUGGAGAAGCUGGAAAAGACACCUCCGUUGACCUCUCCGUGGACUUCUUCUUCCUCUAUUUCCACCUCCAUGAUGGAGGUGCAGUCAAGCAAUACCGCCGCCUCUCUCGCAGGGUUGACGAACAGUAACUGCACAAAUAGCGGCACUUCCACCACCUACAUGGUGGCGGCUCCACCCUCCUCGACCCCGGUUUCCGCAUCCGUUUCAAACUUCACCCGGCAGAUGGUGGCUGCCCUCGGCAUGGGUGUCACAAAUGCAAACGCCAUCGCAGGAGGGCUGCUGCCGGCACUGAGCAUGACGGGCGCGGCCGACAAUUUGGCAAGCAAUCAAUGCGGCGUGUGUCUUCGGGUUCUGAGCUGCCCCAGGGCGCUGCGCCUCCACCAAGCCACGCACCUUGGAGAACGCCCUUUCCCGUGCAAGUCGUGCGGAAGAUCCUUCUCAACCAAAGGCAGCCUCCGCUCACAUCUGGCAACCCAUCAUGCUCGGCCCCCCAACGCUCGCGUCCACAACUCUUGCCCACUUUGCCAACGCAAAUUCACCAACGCCCUCGUUCUUCAACACCACAUCCGUAUGCAUCUUGGCGGUCAACUGCCUGCGGUAGGCGCUGACGAUUCUACCUGCGAGAUGACGGCUCAAUCCAACGCUGAGACUUUGCCGCGACCAGAAUCCGACACCGCCGAACAAAACAAUGACUCCAGUAAAACCUCUCAACCGGGCGACUCAACGAGCCCAUCUCCAAGUUCGCAAUUUCAAAACGUAGAAACUCACUCGUGUCCGAUUUCUGACAGUAAACUUGUACCACACACCGCACCUGCUACAUCCGUGUCCUCCAGCCCAGACCUCAACCCCCCCACUGAUCUUAGCCCCGACCCCUUCAUGAAUACUACAACACGAACUCCACCAGCGACCACGGAUGACCCUCCUUUCCUCUGUGCAAGCGCCCAACCGCCAAUCACCCGACAAAAAACCAAAUUGGAUGACUUUUCCCCGGUUGACAAAGACGACCGAAUUGAGCAAGCCGCCAGGGACCCCUUCUCCAAAUCUCUUUCACCCGUUGCCCAAACCACCGCAUCACGCGAUGUCAUGGCCGUUGACUGCGCCGAAACAUCCUCAUUUUCUGAUGCGGCCGUUAUCCCCAGAUCAAAUCCGCAGGAUCUACAAAGCACACCUGCUAAUUGUGCCCCCUUUGCUUAUAACUGUCCAAGUACAAUUUCUUCUUCAACGCAGAACCAAGAGCUUCUCACCUCUGUCGACACUCCAGCCCCGGAUUCAGGCUUGGCCUCCACCGGGGUCCACUCGCCUGAACCUAGGGAAGAAGACGGAGAUCAGUUUUGUACGCCGGCAAAAAUGCCCGAGGAGCACCCCAAAAUGAUGUCAGCCUCGGAAAGCGCAAACGGUAGUCAAGGAAAUGAUGUAAAUAAGCCUCCCACUUUCGCAAGGGAGGCAAGUCAGAAUUUUGAUUUCGAUUUAUACGAGAGAGACACCCCAAUAGAUGGUGCGAAGAAGAUGAUCGGAUCCAUCCCGAGUGAAGCAGCGGAGGUUUGCGUUCCUCUCAGCCUCGCCCCAACUCUCCCGUCUCCGAUAGCUCGCCCCGAGAAGAAGACCUACUGCUGUGCCGAAUGUGGAAAAGCAUACGCUAGUCGCAGCGGACUAAAGGGGCACAUGAAGCACCAUGGUGUCGUAACCAAAGCGACGCGCCCUUUAGCCCGAAGUAGUCGAUCAUGUGCUGACAAAGCUCAGUCUUCGACAUCAAUAGGUUCCUUGACCAUUCCGGCCUCCACAAGUGCUGCGGGUUUCUGGAACCAGUACCAAGCUUUCCUCAACGCCAGUCCUGGGUCAACUGAUGAUACCGCUCCUGCCAGCCAGGAAACGAACGAGUCUGCAAAAUCUCCUUUACAGACGGAGCUGGAAAAAGACGCUCCCAAUGAAGCGGUAGAUGAAUGAGCUCGACUCCCUUUGAAUGACCGAAUACCGCUUCCUUACUGCAUUUCAUGUAGCCUGUCAAUUUGAUAGUCACAGUCAUGUUUGUAUGUGAAAGUUGUGAGUCGGUGGGUUUGGUCUUCUUGCGAAAAACAGACUUACUUAUAUGUCCCACAAGUCCAAUUAUUCAAGUAAAUCUGUUGUCAGUAAUUGCCGUGACAAGACUUGUUAACUAAGCGUGUUUCAAUGUUGUACGUCAAAUCUGGUUCCGCUUUCUACUCGCCACUGAAAGGUAACGUCUACCUCAGGUAUGGUAUUAAAAUCUGACCUAUGACCAAGAGGCUCAAGCAAAAGAGACUUCCUUCAGAAAGAGCGUCACUUUGCAAUAACAAACCGAACCAACAAUAUCCAUGCAUCUCUGUGUGGUAUAUUAUGUCAAUUGUCUCCGAUGUUCUGAUUCAUACACGGUACAAGAAUGCAUUGUGAUGUAACCCGAAGCACAUCUGCGGCGUCUGUGAAUCUACUGAGGACAUGAACAAUAUGAAUGUUGUUUGGUGCAAAAGUAACCUGUGGCACAAGCUAAUAAGAGGAUAAACGUUUAUGUUUGUUGUAAACCCUGCACUCAUUAUCUCUGUAUUAAAAAGAAAAAAAUAGAUGGGAACAGAAGGAAAAAGAACAAUGUUUAUUUUUGAUGAUCUCACACUUGAAUACACAUAUUGAUUAAGUUCAAUCCAUCGCCGUGAAAAACCAUCGUUGUGUAAAACCUAAACAAAGACAUAAUAUAAUGAUACACAAACUAUUUUCAUUUUGUGGGUUAUGAAGAGAAAAUAUUUUGUGUGCAGUUUUUUGUGGCAAGUUAUUAAACGAGUAUUGUAUAUUAGUAAUAAUUAAAUGUAUUUUUUCAUGAUUACUUUUGGAUUUAAGUACAUUUCAUAGGCAGUUAUGUGUACUUCUAGGUAAAAGAGUUCAAUCAUAUUUUUACAUA